ACAAAAGAAUACAAGAAUUAGAGACAUACGAGUUGUCUUGAACAGGAAUCAACAUUUGAAGGCUUUGAAUCGGGAUUCUCUGUAAUCCGUUUUCGUCGCCGGUUGUGUGAGAGAGAGAGAUGGCGGAUCUCGACGGAGAUGACGGAUCUCGACAGAGAUGGUGGAUCUCGACGGAGACGGCGAAUCUCGACGGAGACGGCGGAUCUCGACGGUAAGUCCGAGAGAAAAUGGAUCUCAAAAAGAGAGAGGAAGAGUCGAUGAUUGAAGAGAAAAUAAGGUAAGGGUACUAUUGUCUUUUGUUCAUUAAUGAAAGUGGUAUUUAUGAAAAUGUCCCUAAAUUGGUGGUAAAAUUGAAUAGUGGUAUCAAACAAAGUGUAAAAGUAAAAUUUCCCCUUUUUAUUUCUCGUAUUUAACUUUUGUAAUGAUAAUUAUUAGCCCAUAUUGAGAAGUGAGCCCAUGUUUAGUUGGGCUAGCCCAUAAUAAUCGUUGUACUAACAUUGUCGUCAUUACUGACAAAGAAAAUAUGACGUGAUCAGUUCUGUAAUUAGUACAAUUUUGAGGAUUACGGGUUAAAUAACCGAAUACAAUGUUGUUUUAGGGGAAAUCUCAGUUUUGUAUUUUCUUAUCAGUUUUUUUAUGAGCUGAAUGUAUAUAUACAAUGUUAUUCCAAUUUUUAGAUUUUCAAUGUUUUAUCAAUGCCAGUUAUCUUAUCACAUUUAUAGAAAAUAAGUUCACUUAUUCGAUAAGUGCAUGGCAAUAAACUAUUAUGACUAAAACUAAACAAUUACAACGUUUAGUACUCACCUAAAUCACAGCAAGCUUAUCAGAAUUGAUAAUUUUCUAACAUAGCUCAAAAUAGUCCAAAAAGAAAUGAAAAAUUGAAAUCUAUAGACAUUUUGGAUUUCUAGGAGUUUAUGGACCAGGUUAGUAUAAUACCUACAAUUAUACUUCCUCCGUUCUUAAUAUAAGAUAUUUUGCUUGAAUGCACAAGAAUUAAGAAACUUACUUUUAAGAAGAUAAUAUUUUUAAAUAAUAUAAAUUAAAUAUAAGUUAAUCAAUCGUAAAUAAUGCAGUAAAAUAUAAUUGGUUGACCAAUUUUUGAUAAAGUUAAAGUAACUUAAAAGUAUCAAAACAUCUUAUAUUUUGAAACAUCAAAACUUUUCCAAAACAUAUUUAUAUUGUGGAACGAAGAGAUUAUGUAAUAGUAUUAGUUUUGCUUCAAACAUGAUUUGAUCAUAAAAAUUAAGCUUUGUUUUUGAAUUAACCUUUCAGUUGAGUUAAUGGACAACAUGGUAUUUAUAAACAUUUAUAGUCAAAAACUUAUAAGUUACUUAAUUUUGCUUGCCAUCAGGCAAAGCAACGUGAGAUAAUUAACUAGCAUUUUUUCUGAGUGUAAUUAACUAAGUUAGAAGGCAAAACAAGACUAAUUAAACUUAGGGUUUGGCUUUGUGCCUCCCUGCAUUAGGAGAGUUUGACCAAAAGGAGACUCAAUCAGCAAGGGAUCUAAUUUACGAGAACAAGAUGGUGAGAGGGAAAAUUGAGAUCAAAAGAAUUGAGAACCAGACAAGCAGGCAAAUCACGUUCUCCAAGCGUAGGAAAGGUCUCUUGAAGAAGGCUCUCGAGCUUUCAGUUCUUUGCGAUGCUCAAGUUGCAGCGAUUGUCUUUUCUCAGAAAGGAAAAAUAUACGAAUUCGCAAGCUCCGACAUGAAGAAGAUGAUGGAACAAUGUGAGAUAUAUAGGAGUGGAUAUUUUCAUGCGGAGAGACUCCAAGAAGAGAGAGAUGUGCAGGAUCUCAAGAACGAAGUAACGGUAAUGGUGAACAGAAUUGAACUUCUUCAACUUCAUUGCCGGAAGCUUAUGGGGCAAGAUUUAGGUUCGUGCUCGGUGGAUGAGCUCAAUGAAAUAACUAUCCAAAUUGAGAAAAGUCUUACUCUUAUCAGAUCAAGAAAGGCUAAGGUGCAUGAAGAAGAGGUAGGGAAACUAAAAGCGGAGAUUGCAGGAACGAGAGAGCUCGUGAACGAGAGAGCUACGCUGCACGAAAUGUUUGAAGAAAAACCCUUGUGGAUGCAGUCGGGGAGCCUAGAGAGUGAAAAUAAUGCAUUAUCAUCAUCUGCUUUUGAAAACAUGAACAUAUCGGACGUUGAAACUGAUUUGUUCAUCGGAUUGCCUAGAAGACAAGUGUAGUCGUAUGUUAAACCAACCGGUUCUCGUUUUCUUAUUUUCCAAGUAUCUAUACGACUUGCAGAAUGUUUUAGUCGUCUCUCUAUUUGCAUAAGCAAUGAAAUACAACGGGUUUUUUUCUUACAAUUUUUUUGCAUCUGUAGAACCGAGUUUAUUUUUCUGAUGCCAAUGGCAUGUUUUUUAUUAUGA